UGCAUCGUACGCGCGCCGGAUCGUCCAGCCCGCCUCGGGCUCUUGUCUGUUAUUCGUCUCGCUCGCAGCUGAGAAGUGCGUAUGUCUUCUAUUUGCAGAUCAGUGUGCCCGUGUGAUAACGUUCGAGUCGCCGUACAUACGCACACGCAUAAGGCGUGAUGCUGAGCGCACACGUACACGAGGAAUCACUGACGCCUUCCGAUAUGAAUCUGGGCACAUGUCUGCACAUUUAUACAUUUUGCAUAUACAUACGGUCGUGAUCGGAAAGCUUGUCCGACGUUUUGCAGAAAGUUUUCACAAGAUUUGUGUGCAUCGUUGCGUAAAUAUUCGUGCAUAUCAUUCCUUUGGUCUAAUAAUGCGCUACUGCACAUAUUUGCGAGGCAAAGCUACAAUCUUUCGCACGCUAGACGGUAUUUCCAAAAUUUAUCCUGACUAGACAACACAAGCGCGCGCGCGCGUCAUUUGAUCUCGCUAAAAAUUCGCAUGGUUUGACAGCUGCAAGUAACGCGACCGAAGCAAGUCAUGUCGCGCAAGCGAGUCAGCCAAUCGGCAUCUCGGAGAAACGACAAUACUUCGAGACUUUCGACUUAACGCGUCUUUUUUUAUAUAGGGAUUAGACAACUGGACAACACAAGCGCUCCAUGUGCUCUGUCUACAAAUUCGCAUGGUUUGACGGCUGCAAGUAACACGACUGAAGCAUGUAUCGUAUCGCACACGCGAGACAACCGGUCAGCAUCUCGGAAAAGCGACAACAGAAUUUUGAGACUUCCGACUAUCGACUUAACACGCCUUUUUUUAUAUAAGGAGGAGAGGAGAGGAAAGCGGACGACCUUUCUCACCACUGUACAUGGAAAAUGUACAUGUGUUAUACUUGCGCCUAAAUUCAUAUGGAAAGACAUCAGCGAUUCCUAGGGUACAUUUGCGGAGCUCGCUAUUGACGCUGAAAAUGUCACCUAUCUUUCUUCGACACGUAAUGAGCAACAAGGAUAGAAUGACCCUUUCAGCGCUAAAUAGCGCCGAUAGUGACCUGCCCGGACGCAUCCCCGGUGUACACGAAAGUGUACGGCGUGAAAAGUCGGAUAGAGAUGUCCGUUGGAUCUUCAUUUAAAAUCUUAUGCGAAUUGCGGAUCGUUCACGACGGGCCCCGCACGCAUUUCGUGUCCGGCGGUCUCGUCGUUUCGUUAUUUUGCUGUCCAACUUCUCUCUGCGAUGUAUACUCCGUCACAGAAUAGUUACAUCCGUCGAAUCUAGAUUUCACCGAGUGCCCGCUACGAAUUUUGUCGGUGGACCGCCUCUAGAAAUACAACAGAACGUGCCUGGUAAAACGUGAUGGCAGAUUGACCGCGGAAACCAAGCGGAAUCUGAAUGUUGUUACACUCGAAACGGUCCGCUCUGUUGAAGCUACACGAGUCCGCUCGAUUUUAAUGGCAAUUUGCUAGAUCGGUGUCUGUAGGCUCUAUUGGAAAAGCGCAAGCUUAAUGUGGAUACACUUGACGCCAAUCUGCUGCAGUAUUUUACUCGAAUCCCCUGGCAAACUGUACAGUUUGCUUACUGAACUUCACUACUGAAAUCGUCAACUUAUUCUUUUGCAUGUUAUAGAGGAAAGUCCUCUGUUAUGAGAUAGGAUUCUCAUGUUUAUCUUUGGCGAGGUAGAAAAUGUAAAUUUUACUGCAAAAUCUAUCUCUGUACUUGAUGUCCUUUAUGUGGUUUUAAUUGUUAAAAUUUAACAGCUGGAUCGAGAUAAAAUUGUUUUGCACGCUUUUCCGAACGAGUUUUGCUUCCAUACAUCGUAUACUUUGCCAAUGACGACGAGUGCAUCUUUCCUCUUUUGGACAGAGCUCACCUAACAGCGACAACUUCCUUACCGGAGAGGGGACCGAACAACGCUAGGAUAAAUGAUGUUUAAAGGUAACGUAGACGGAGAUAGAAUAAAGCUUAAUAAGUUUGAGGUACCGAUAAUAGCACAAUGGAUUAGAAUAAAUCCAACACGAUGGCGAGACAGGAUAUCGCUGAGGAUCGAGCUUUAUGGAUGCGAAUACGUGUCCGACGUUGUUUCCUUUAACGGGUCCUCGCUCAUACGGCUAGAUUUGCUCAGAGAGCCUAUCGAGACCGACAGACAUUUUCUACGUUUCCGUUUUAAGACGAACAAUGCCGAUGGCGUAUUAAUGUAUUCCCGCGGUACGCAGGGUGAUUAUAUAGCCUUGCAAUUGCGCGAUAAUAGGAUGUUGCUUAAUAUCGAUCUCGGAUCCCGCAUUAUGACAAGUUUAUCUGUCGGCAGUCUUCUGGACGACAAUAUGUGGCACGAUGUUUUAAUUUCACGCAAUCGGAAAAAUAUUUCGUUCUCCGUCGACAGAGUAUUAAUUAAAGGCAGAAUAGAGGGAGAGUUUCAUCGACUGGAUUUAAAUCGAGAGCUCUACAUCGGCGGUGUGCCCAACAAACAGGAUGGCUUAGUGGUGACCCAAAAUUUCACCGGUUGUAUAGAGAAUUUUUAUUUAAAUGCAACGAGUAUAAUUCGCGAGCUGAAGGAGACAGAAAUCACAGAUGAGAAUUUGCGAUACAACAAGAUCAACACAUUCUACACCUGUCCGGAACCUCCGAUAAUACCCGUCACGUUUUUAACCCCCGGAUCUUAUGCUCAGCUGAAAGGUUACGAGGGUGUACCAUCCAUGAACGUCUCUCUCGCGUUUCGAACGUACGAAGAGACAGGAAUAAUUCUUUUCCAUAAGUUCACGAGUCGGGGCUACGUUAAGCUAUAUCUGGAAAAAGGUAAAUUGAAAGUCGACAUACAAACGAUGGAGUAUCCGUUCGCAACUUUGGACAAUUUUUACGAGACGUUCAAUGAUGGAAAAUGGCAUCAAGUAAUUUUAACGAUUGCCAAAAAUUUACUUAUCUUAAAUGUCGAUGGGCGCCCGAUGAGAACGGAGCGUCUCCUGGAUAUGUUUACCGGAGCGUACUAUUUUGUCGGCGGUGUAAGCGGCGGUGUAAUCGGUGUAAUCGGAAAAGAGAGCAGUUACGGCUUUGUUGGCUGUAUGAGAAUGAUAAGUAUCGAUGGAAAUUAUAAAUUGCCGACCGACUGGAAGGAAAAUGAGUACUGCUGUAAGAACGAGGUUGUCUUCGACUCUUGUCAGAUGGUGGAUCGCUGUAAUCCGAAUCCUUGUAAGCACUCGGGGGUUUGUCGUCAAAAUUCUGACGAGUUCUUCUGUGAUUGUGCCAACACCGGAUACUCCGGCGCCGUUUGCCACACCUCAUUAAAUCCCCUAUCGUGCGAAGCAUAUAAGAAUAUGGAGGAUCCGUCAAAUCUGCAAGCGGAAAUUAAAAUCGACGUGGACGGCAGCGGGCCCUUGAAGCCUUUCCCUGUCACUUGCCAGUUCUACACCGACGGCCGCGUAAUGACGACUUUACAUCAUGGUAACGAGCAAUCGACUCCCGUCGAUGGAUUUGAAGAACCUGGCAGCUUUAUCCAGGAAGUUAAUUACGACGCUGACUUUGAUCAAAUAGAUGCUUUAUUAAAUCGAUCUAUAAGCUGCAGACAAAGGAUAAAUUACGAAUGCAAACAUUCCAGAUUAUUUAAUUCCCCAGUUCCUCCAGGCGAUUACUUUAGACCAAACUCGUGGUGGGUGAGUCGGAAUAAUCAAAAGAUGGAUUAUUGGGGUGGCGCAUUGCCCGGGUCGCGAAAGUGCGAAUGCGGUAUACUUGGAAAUUGCGUGGAUCCUGCCAAGUGGUGCAAUUGCGACGCUAGUCUGGAGUCAUGGCAACAGGACGGUGGGGAUAUUACAGAAAAGGAGUAUCUUCCCGUUAGACAGUUACGUUUCGGCGACACCGGUACGCCGCUCGACGAAAAAGAAGGUCGUUAUACGUUGGGUCCGCUCAUUUGUGAGGGCGAAAACUUGUUCAAGAAUGUAGUCACAUUCCGUGUAGUGGACGCUACCAUCAAUUUGCCGACCUUCGAUAUUGGGCACAGCGGCGACAUUUAUUUCGAGUUUAAGACCACUAUGCCGAACGCCGUGAUAAUUCAUAGCAAAGGACCCACCGAUUACAUCAAGAUUUCCAUAACCGAUGGAAAUCAGAUAAACUUCCAGUAUGUGGCCGGUGAAGGGAGGGUUACUGUUAGCGUACAAACAUCUAACAACUUUGCUGACGAUCGGUGGCAUUCCGUGUCGGUGGAGAGAAAUCGCAAGGAGGCUCGGAUUGUCCUCGACGGGGCGCUGAAGAAUGAAGCGCGAGAAUCUCCAGGUCCCGUGCGAGCGUUGCAUCUUACCUCGAGAUUCGUAGUGGGUGCUACGACCGAUUACAGGGACGGAUUCGUCGGUUGCAUACGAGCGCUUCUGCUCAACGGUCAAUUACAAGACCUGAGAAGUCACGCUCAGCGCGGAUUGUACGGCGUUACGGAAGGUUGUACUGGCAGGUGUGAGAGUAAUCCUUGCCUCAACAAUGGCACGUGCCACGAAAAAUACGAUGGAUACUGGUGCGACUGCAGAUGGACCGCAUUUAAGGGACCAAUUUGCGCGGACGAGAUUGGCGUGAACAUGCGACCUAGUUCGAUGGUGAAGUACGACUUCAUGGGCAGCUGGCGUUCCACCAUCGCUGAAAAAAUACGCAUUGGCUUUACGACAACGAACCCGAGAGGAUUUCUAUUAGGCCUGUUCUCCAACAUUUCUGGAGAAUACAUGACUAUAAUGGUUUCAAAUAGCGGACAUUUACGCGUGGUAUUCGACUUCGGUUUCGAACGGCAAGAGGUCAUAUUCCCGCUCAAGCAUUUCGGUUUGGGACAAUAUCACGAUGUCAGGAUCGGCAGAAAGAAUUCAGGCGCCACUCUCAUAAUGCAGGUUGAUAAUUAUGAACCGAAGGAGUUCAAUUUUAACAUAAAAAAUUCCGCAGAUGCGCAAUUCAACAAUAUCCAGUACAUGUACAUCGGUAAAAACGAAUCUAUGACGGAAGGGUUCACGGGCUGCAUAUCGAGAGUUGAAUUUGACGACAUAUAUCCGCUAAAGUUGCUCUUCCAAGAGAACGGACCUGGUAAUGUGCGUUCACUCGGUACUCCUUUGACCGAAGACUUCUGCGGGGUCGAGCCGAUCACGCAUCCGCCAGAUAUCAUGGAGACGCGACCACCGCCUGAUGUAGAUGAGGAAAAAGUGAGAGCGGCGUACAACGAGACUGACACAGCUGUUCUGGGAAGCGUCCUGGCGGUUAUUUUGAUCGCACUUGUGAUCAUGGCUAUUCUUAUAGGCAGAUAUAUGUCUAGGCAUAAAGGCGAAUACUUGACGCAAGAAGACAAGGGUGCUGAAAUUGCCCUCGAUCCGGACUCAGCGGUUGUAAAUUCUGCCACUGGCCAUCAAGUCCAGAAAAAGAAAGAGUGGUUUAUCUAAAAACUGAAAUGCAUCAUAUUAGAUAUUUAUGCGUUAGAGAGAAGUAAUGAGUACACAUUAACUUAAUCUAAAAUAUAUAUACAUCUUUGAUAAGGAUAAAGUCUCUUUUGCUCCACUCAACUAUUGGCUUUUUAUGUGUGUUAUAAUUUUGUGUCAGUGGCACACGACAUCACAGAAAUAGAAUCCAAAAAGGGCGGUUAAAAUUCAGAAACAAACUUGAAUUCCGUUACAAGAUUUUACAACGGACUUGUAAAAUACUCAAAUUUUUAAUUAAUAAGCCCAGUUGUUAAUUCGAUUCAGAGAUUAUUUUUGUACGAGUAGUGAUAUCGCUCUGAAGAAUUGACAACAGACCACAAAGAGGCCUAAUGAACUUUGAAACACUAGAAAAUAUUUUGUCGUUAUUUCUAAUAGUUUUCGAUCAUACAGUCUGUAAUACUUUAUGUGGACCAUGCUAUAAAUUGAAAUUUAAAAGAUAUUCAGAAGUCGCGAUUACAUUUUGUAAAACUAAUUGUAAGUCUGAGUUUUAGUUAACUUUUUCGGAUCUUAUUUCGCUAUAUAUGUAUAACGUUCACGAGAUUGUCAUUCCAUAUUAUUUCUUAAUAUAUUUCUUGCAAGUCUGCAUAAUAUAACUGUCAGUAUAUCACAAAUUCCUUGAAGUGCAAUUACAAUGAUGAAUGAUUCUUAUUUUUGCAUUUCGCAUACGUUCUUUGUGCGAAUGAAAAAACUGGUUAAAUUAUGCAAUCAUCAUUUUCUAAUGUGUGUUGUUAUACGUUUUAACUUAAAUAUAUUUUACGAUGGAGCAUAAAAGAGCAUUUUAUGUAAUAUAACUAGAUUUUCCAUGUACAAAGUUGUCUUUACUACAGAUAAACUUAUAUAUUUCGUUCUCUUUUUUUAUAGUUUACAGUAUUAAUCGAAAUGUCUACCGUCCAAAGUGCGUUUAAUACUUUUUUUUUAUUAUACUUUUUAGAUUUAUUUUAUUUUCACUUGUUUAUGUGAUUAUUUUACAGAUUUUUUUUAACAUUAUCUCCAAACUCACUGUAGUAAUUUAAUACUAAUGUAGUAUUAAGAAUAAUUAUAAUGACAACAAUAACAGCAGAAACGAUAACGAUAAUAAUAAUUGUAUACUGAUCAUGUAAAUGCAUACUGAUCAUACAAAAUGAAAAUGUACAUAAGUCAUUUUUAUACGAAUAAUAUAUUCGUUAUUUCUUGCUACUAAAUCGAUAUGUAAUACAACGAUCGCGUUGAACAGAGAACAUGCAUUUUCCACGUUUAUGUACGAAGAAAGCGUUAAUGCGAAUAAUAAUACUAAGUUCUGAAAAAGGAAACGAUAUAAUGAUUUGAAUAAACUUUUUUUAUAUGGAGAACGAAAUUGAAUAAAAAUAAAUUACGUGUC